AAAAAAAGAGUUCAUUACUGGAUGUCAACAUGAAAACAGGAAUUUACAUACUUCUCUUAAGUGCAAUAUGUGUUGAAAUCAGCAAGGCUGGCAUCAAACCUAAAAUUCCAAAGGAAAAAGAGAAUAAUUUCUUGGAAAGAAAUAAAAAUGUCAAUAUUUCUGAAGAGUGGCAUCAUCAUAAAAAUAUCUCUAAGCCUUUUGAAGAGCAAGAUCUCGAAGAGUUCACUCUCUACAACUUCACUGAAAAGACUGCAAAUUUUGGAUUUAACCUCUACAGAAAAAUAGCAAUGACACAUGAUAACAAUGUAAUCAUCUCUCCCCUUUCUGUAUCCACUCUUAUGACUGCAUAUAUGCUGGCAGCCAAAGGGGAAACACACAGACAAAUAGUAAAAGCUCUAAACCUCCAUGUUUUGAAGGACAGAAUGGAUCGCCAUCGUUUAGCAGCUUUGUUUAAACAACUGAAAGAUAAUAUCACAAUGAAUGAAGAACUUCUCCUGGUGCAAGGUACUCUUUCUUUUAUCCAAAAGGACUUCAGACUCAAGGAGGCUUUCCUCAAUUUAUCUAAGCAGUACUUUGAUAUGGAAUUCCUGAAAGUGGACUUUCAAAACUUCACACAGGCAAAAUUUGUCAUAAAUCAAAAUAUUAACAAAAGGACCAAAGGAAAAAUCCCUGAACUUUUUGAAGAGCUUGACCGCCACAACAAACUGCUACUUGUGGACUACAUUGUCUUUAAAGGCAAGUGGCUCUAUCCAUUUAAUUCCAAAUUCACAGAAACAGAGACUUUCCACAUAAACAAAUACAGAAGUGUACAGGUACCCAUGAUGUUCAAGUCAGAUAAAGUUAACUCAACUUUCGAUGAGAACUUAAGAUGCACUGUAAUAAAGCUGCCCUACAAAGGGAAAGCCCACAUGCUGAUUGUCAUCCCAGAAAAGGAGGGAGAUUACCUUUCGCUUGAAGACCAUCUGACCACAGAGCUUGUGGAAUCCUGGCUUGGAAACAUGAAGACCAGAAAAGUGGAUAUUUCACUUCCAAAGUUCAAACUAGAGCAAAAAUACAAAAUGAAGAAAUUGCUUCAUGCUCUUGGAAUUAAAAAUCUCUUUACACGUAUGGCAGAUCUUAGUCAUCUCACAGAUCAAGGAUAUGUAGCAGUUUCACAGGUUGUCCAAAAGGCAGUAAUUGAAGUGGAUGAAGAAGGAACUGAGGCCACAGCAGCUAGUGGGUCAGAAAUAACUGCAUUCACAGUGCCUCCUGUCAUCAAAGUGGACCGACCAUUCCUUUUUAUGAUUUUUGAAGAAACUUUUAAAACAUUACUCUUCAUUGGCAGGGUAGUUGAUCCAACAGAAAUAUGAAUAAAGGCAACAGUUUCUAUUUUGGGGUAUGUAAGAG